UUGAUGUUAGUUGAUAAUAUUAUUAAAAGAUAGCCAAAAUUUUCUGUGCAGUGCAGAAAAGAAAAAGGGAGUAGUGGAUUUUGCUUUGUUUCUUCGAAACUAAGCAUAAAACAGCGUAACAGUAUCCAUCCAUGGCUUCACCUGCAAGCCAACCCACCAAACCCUUGUCAUUCACUCCCACCUAUCUGCAACUCUAAACCCAAUAUACCCACGGGCCACGGUCGGUGACGCUAUAAUCCAAAUUACGGUGUCGUUUUCAGUUCGUUUAAGCAUCACCCUUCCCAAUUGUAUUCACUACUACCAGUAUCUUAAUCUAAUCCCCAACCACACCUAAACCAAACCAUCAGCAUAAUGGGGAACUGUUUGGGGAAGUCGGAGAAAUUAACGGCGGAGAUUGUUCCACGCGACGGGGCCAAAGUGUAUCCCACCGUCCGCUUGCACGGCUCGCCCAAGAGCAUUCUCGCCGCCUACAUCCGUUUCGCGCUUCUCCACAAGUCCGUUUCGUUGGACUUCGUGGAAACGGAAACGGUGCGCGUGGGAGGGUCCGAACCGGAGGGUGGUGCGGUUACGCUUCAGGUGGGGUCGGAGGUUGUUUCGGGUUCACGCGAGACGCUCCUGCGGUUCAUCGACGCGCGCUUCCCUGGGCCCUCGCUUGGGAGCGGGAGUGGGAGGGACGAUGAAACGACGCCGUUGCUGGCGAGCUUGACGCGGGUGCACCACACGAGCAUGCUGUGGCACGUGGAGAGAAUGGUUAAGUGGGCGGAGGAUCUGACGACACGUGGCGGAAAGAAGAUCGUUGAUCCUUCCGUGGGGACUCCCAGGAUGGAGAUUAGAAAAUUCGGCCGGAGCUACUCCGAGCUGCUUGAGCUCAUGAUGGAACACGCGCAGAUGGAAGAAACCAUUCUCUUCCCUCUUUUUGAUAAGGCCGAUCGAGGGCUUGCUAAAGCUGCAAAAGAGGAACAUGCUAGGGACCUACCUCUCAUGAAUGGCAUAAAAGAAGUCAUAAAAUCUGUUGGGGUUUUGGACUCUGGCAGCCCUGAUUACCAUGAGGCUUUGUACAGCCUUUCUUCUCGGCUCAAAUCAUUGCAGGGGCAAUGCAAACAGCAUUUUGCAGAAGAGGAGGUGGAGUUACUUCCGCUAAUGGAGGCGUUGGAGUUGAGCAAAGAGCAAGAGGUGAGUGCACUUGAGCAGUGUUUUGAUGUGAUGCAAGGAACACAUGGUCGGUUGUUGAAGUUUCUUCUUGAAGGUCUCCCUCCUCAUGAUGCUAUGAAGUACUUGGACUUGAUCAGCAAGUGUAGGGACAAAGAAAAAAUGGAAUCUAUGCUCCAGAAGAUAGUUAAGUGAGAGAUCUAGUUAAUGGGUUCAAUCAUAGUGCACACAUGGAUGAACUGUCAGGCUUGCUUUGUCAAUAGAUGUAAAAUUGUUUUUUUUUUUUUUUUUUGUGCCAGUUCUUCUAAAGCAUAUGUGUAGGGUUUCUUCAUAGUUCUGCUUUUGUGAUCUGGGACAUUCUUGUUGAACAUGUGUCUGCCUGGUCUUUUGAUUAAGGAAGCAGAAAGCAUGGAUAGGAUUUGGAAAAGCAGGGCGUUUAGUUUUUCUUUUUCCUUUUCCUCGUGAUAGUUUGGAUAACGUUGUCAUGAACAUGUUCCUAAUUAAUGUACAUCCAAAUAUAUUCAAAAGUAAGUUAAGUAUGCCAGUUUGCCUGUUUUGAUUGGUAA